GUCAUGUAUUUGUGUUCCUUGUCUUGUUUGACUGUCUUGUCCUUUGUUGGCCUUGGACCAUAUGUAUGUGUUGUAUAUGUGUUAUAUAUGGAGAGUCACCCAAACAUUUCCCCAUUCCAGAGGGAGAUGCGUACUUCACAGUUAAGCUGCAGGACUUUACUGCAGUGGAAAAAGACGAUGUGAUUCUUGAUUGCGAGCUCAACAAAGAUGUCGAAGUCAUGUGGUACCACAAUGAGGCCGAGAUCAAGCCCUCUAAGAUGGUGGCUAUUAAGGCUGAGGGCAAACGCAGAGCCCUCGUUAUCAAGAAAGUUGGAGACAAAGACAAAGGACAAUACGUAUGUGAUUGUGGAACAGACAAGACGACGGCAAAGCUUCACAUUGAAGCUCGCCACAUCAAGGUGAUUCGGCCAAUGUAUGGCGCUGAGGUGUUUGAAGGAGAGACCGCUCGAUUUGAGGUCGAGCUCAGUGAGGACGACAUUCAUGGCCAGUGGAAACUGAACGGAGAAGUCCUCAGUCCAUCCGCCGAUGUAGAGAUCGUGGAGGACGGCCCAAAACACACUCUGGUCUUGUACAACUGCAAAGUGCCUCUAACAGGCGAGGUGUUGUUCACUGCCGCCAACGCAAAGUGUUCUGCUAACCUGAAAGUAAAGGAGAUCCCAGUCUCAUUCAUUACACCACUGACGGACGUGCAUGUGUACGAAAAGGAUGAGGCAAAGUUUGAACUGGAAAUUUCUAGAGAGCCCAAAAACUUCCGCUGGCUGAAGGGAACUCAGGAGUUGUCGACUGAUGAUAAGUUUUAGCUCCAGGUGGAAGGAAAG